CCAGCAUUAAAGGCUAUAAUGGUGAUUUUCUGCUUGCUGGAAGACUGCAUCGCUGUUUCACUGUCUGUCUAUGGAUUUAUGACCUCCAAAUCUAUCAUUUGCUGCCCUCCACAGAAGAGUCUGAGUCCUGAAUCUGCUUUUGGAAAAUUGUCUUUUGGAGACACUAUAGCUAGAAUGAUGGAGCUACUUCAAGUGAAAUUCUUCUCAAGUGUCUUGUAUCUAGAAAAGGUGUUACGAGCUGCUUCAGGUCGACACUCCUAA